GAGCAGAACUAAGAUAGCCGCCGUACGUCGCGUUUGUCUAAUUAGUUUUAUUUAGCUAAACCUACCACACGCACGUUUACUGAAAAAAAAAAAUUUUGGGUACAUUUUCGGUUGUUCCUUUCCGUUAACUGUUUUUUUAGUUAUUUAUUUUGUUCGUAAUCGAAAUAUUGGUUUUUCGAUUGCCACAUUUUGGCUUUUUAAGUAGUUGCAAGUACUGUGGAAAAUGUGUCAAGAUAAAGUGGCCGAUAGUGUGUAUAGUGAAAUGGAUUUUCAUGUACAUUAAAGCGCUGCGUUUGGAUACAUAUACAUACAAAAUACUUUACAAGAGGAAAACGCGGAAGGGAGUGAAACACUAGAUUUCAUCAUCUUCCAAAACCUCCUGCCAAUAAACAAUAAUGAAAUUAUCAUGGGGUUGGGCCUUUGACGGUGUCAAUGCGUCAAUCCCUCGAAAUACCGGACCAGAAUGCUCGGAAUAUCUGUCAAUUAAACGGCAUUGGAUCGAAGGCGUGAUAGUCUGUUUUAUGUGCUGCUGUGCACUGAAAUGGGCCGUAAAAAAUUCGAAAGCGUUAAAGGUGAAUUAUUCGACGGUGCACUCAAUGACGGCCGGAAAGCAAUUGCUGCAAAUUGUAAUGACGUUUACGCUGGGACUGGAAUUGGGAUUUAAAUUGAGUCAACGAUCUGUCAUUUAUAUAUUAAAUCCGUGUCAUAUCACAACAAUUAUACAGAUUUAUCUACUAGCAGCUAGACCAUGCAAGUCAACCACAGCCCUAUUUCGCAUACAUUUAAAUUACUUAAAUGGACCGCUGUUAGCAUACGUUUUCCCCGAAAUUGAAUCUCGAACAAUACCAUUUGAGGCCUGUACAUACUAUAUACAACAUGGGCUGAUGUUUAUCAUUCCAAUAUAUUUAUUGCGACAAGGCGGUGCAUACAAUAUGGAAGAUUUAUGUGAUAUGAAAUGGAAUAUAAUUGGAUAUUCUUUGCUAUUAAUUUAUCAUUUCAGCAUUCUUGUGAUAUUUGCUGUUCCAAGUCAAAUAAAUCUGAAUCACGUACUUUGCCCAGCAUUAUCGGACCCAUUUCAAACGACCAACUUUCGUCUAUGUGCAGUUGUACACGAGGCAUUGCUCUGUACGCUCUUGUGUAAGAUUUAUUGUAUCGUAUUUCGACCAACAAAUCCAAAUUUAAACUUUACCGUUAAUAUAAUUGACAAAAGUAAUGCAACAGUUUUAUCGAAUGACAAUACAGGUUGUGAUGAUGAUAUUCAUGAUUAUCAGAAACGAAAUCAUGUUGAGAAAAUGGAUUAAAAAAAAUUGGACUAAUGUGUUAA